GGCGGUCUUAUCACACUCACUAUCACCCACCUGGUAUAAACAGCCAACACCGACCCGACACCGUCAGUCAUACGUUAACUCCAAGGUUUGACAUGCUCUCCUAUAACGUCCUUGAAGUUUUCGUGGUUGGGAUAUUUCUGGCUGACCUAUCCGUGUCAGCUCCAGAUUCAUCUCCAGCUCCAACUUCAACUCCAACAACCGACUGUGUUGACCACUUCCCAACCUGCCAGAACUUCAAGGGAUGGGGGUGUGGCGGCCAGUACGAGGAAUGGGCAAUCUAUAACUGUGCCAAAACAUGUGGAUAUUGUGACAAGAAAAGGUUCACACAUAGUACACACCAACCCCUCAGUGUGACGCAACCUGUGCCUAGUCAACGCUGCAGUGACAAUAUCCCCAACUGUAAGGAAUACGGCCAGUCAGUGUGUACCGCAUACAAAACCUGGGCUCAGGAUAACUGUGCUUCCUAUUGCAACCUAUGUGGUUUCAACACUUGUCAGGACAAACUGCCCAACUGUGAUAUGUACGGCAGCGAAACAUGUGGUGGAGCUUACAGAACCUGGGCGCUGGACAACUGUGCAUAUACAUGUAGACUCUGUGAUGUGUGACUGGUGGAAGUGUUGCCGGGAACACAGUACAAUCAGAAGUAAUCAGAUUCCAUUUGUUAGAUUUCCAUUUAUUAGUCAAAGCCAUUAAACUACAAUUUGCCUUC